UUGUCAUAGUGGCUGUGGGCUGAGCUGGUGAUCAUGGCUGAGGAUGUGGCCGUGUCAGAGGAGACUUUAACAGACGCUCUCUCUCUGUUGGUCAACAUGGGCAAAGUUCUCCUACAGAACGCCAAAGAGGAAGCAGCAGCCUCCUUAGAGAAUUUUGUCCCACAUAAAAUCACCACUUUAUUCGGCCUGAUCACAGCUGGAGCUAACUUCUACAAAAGCCUUGGAGUUAAGAAGAAGAGUGAAGCCGAGGCUAUUUGGCAGAAGUCCUAUCACUGUGCAGCGGUGAGAGAGCAGGUGGAGGAGCUUCUGCAGCUGGAGAACGAGUGGGACUCCUUCCUGGAGAGUGUGGACGAAGGUCUGCAGACAACAGAUGUGCAGCUGUCUGGAGGAAACAAGACAGACAGUCUGAGCCCAGAAACUCUGUUUACAGAUGGAAGGAGUGGAAAGAGUGUGACUCUGGGUCAGUACCUGGGUCAGGGUCAAAGCCUGCUGCUGGUUCUCACCAGACAUUUUGGAUGUCUGCUGUCACGAGACCAUGUGACCGAGCUGGAGGCCUGUCAGGCCCUCCUGGAGGCUCGGUCAGUGCGGGUCCUGAUAGUUUCUUUCGGCAGUGUCGAGGGAGCUCAGCUGUGGUUGGAGCAGACUGGAUGUACCUUCGACAUUCUGCUGGAUCCACAGAGAAAGGUGUACAGAAGUUUUGGCCUUGGCUCGUCCUACAUCAAGGUGAUGAAGUUUGACUGCCUGCUACAGUACUCAAACUAUGUAGCUGCAAACAUAGACUUCCCAGAUUUCCCGCAUCGUCUGCUGGAAGACCUCUACCAGUUGGGAGGCGACUUUUUGCUGGACGAUGCAGGGAAGGUGCUUCUGUCUCAUCCAUCUAAAAACCCUCUGGACAGGCCGACUGUGGAGGACGUCCUGCAGGCUGUGGACCGUGAGCUCCACUAACUCUGCUUAUAAGCAGAAGCUGUGAAAUUCACAGUGGCAGACACUGAGCCUGUAUUCAUCGGCGGUAGGAGCGGUUUAAAGCUGACGCCACAGAGGAAGAGCAGCUAUUUGGCUCACGUUCAUGACGUCACACCUUCCACUCAUGACAUCAUGAAGAGGUGCGACUGAUGCUGCGGCGCGAAGCAGAGACGACUGCUCUUCUUUGUUGUGUCAGCGUUGUGAUGGCAGCAUUUUUAAAUAAAGUAGUGAAUUUAAUUAAAACUUAGUUUUAUAAUAUAUUAUUCGUUAUUUAACUUUAACAAGGACAGCGAUUUGAUUGAGCAAUGUUACCUUUAAAGGUGCAUUAAGCAGGUUUGGAUUUUAGCGACCCCUAGUGGCAGUGGAAGGUAACACUUUUGUAAUUUUGAAAUGACAUUACACAGAAAUCAGGCAAAUUGCUCCUUUUAACAGCUGCUGUGAUGUAGAUCUCAUUAUUUUAUAUCUAUGAUUUGGUAUAAAUGUAUACAUGUAUGGUCAUGUAUGCAGCCUCGAUUUAAAUAAAAAGUGCCAUUUGUAAUAAA